ACUUGUAAACCAUGAAUCUAAUAAAUAUGAAAAAAUCGUAAACAAAAGCUUAAUAAAUACUUUUGAUAAAAACUAUAGCAAACAUAAUCGGUCCAGCCAUUUUAGAGUUGUUGCUAAAAGUCUUCUAUUCUUAGUAAAAAAGCGGCCAGAACCCCCAAAAUUUAUUGUUUUUUGUUUUCUAUUUUUGUGUGAAAAUCUUAAUGCGGUUCAUAGAAUACGUCCACUUACCAAGUUUGAACAGUAUAGUUCUUAUAGUUUCGGAAAAAAGUGGCUGUGACAUAAACGGACAGAUAGACGGACAUGACGAAUCUAUAAGGGUUCCGUUUUUUGCCAUUUGGCUACGGAACCCUAAAAAAGACGUACAAAGCGCUGCGAAUAUCUAAGGAGGAAGAAGGGCUCCCUUAUUCUUGUAAUGUACAUGAUAUUUACUAAUAGCCCCCGUUUAGCCUAUUCUGACAGAAUCGUAACUACAGAACCCUACUCUGAGCAUGGCCUGACAUGACAUGCUGAUUUUUUUGUUAAUCUGGUCAUAAGUCCGAUUCUGGAAUGGAGCUUAAGGAUUUCCUGUUUCCCAAAGUUUUGUUCGCAUACUCCUGCCACUCUACUCACUCCUCCUAUGUCUAAUCAACGGAAAUAAAAGCAUUUUUUUCUGUGAAAAUUUCCUUUAUUUAUUACAAUUAUUUUUUGUAAAAAGAAACACAGGCAGAUAAUACAAAAAGGGGAAAUACAUUUUCGCAUUAUUUAGUACAAGCUACGUGCGGUGACAAUUCCCACUAGUCAAGGUCACGAUAGACCCAGAAUUAUUAUUAACGAAACUCAUCUUAUCCCUUUCCUUUUUUCUCAUUAUUGGGGAUAAGGACGAUACUUUAUCCCAUUAUUUUUGAUAAGGAUUUAGGAUGAGGAUUGCUGACCUUUGCCUUUAUCAGAAAUAAUGGAUAUGGUCGGCUCUCCCAAUUCUCAUGCGCCAGGACCGUCCAGGAUUGUCUGCGAAUUUAAUUGUCCGACCACCAGGUAGCAGGCUGGCGCCUUGAUCUUUUGGUCUCAUCGAGGGCCAGCACCUUCUUCACGACAUGGUCAUCGUCGCGUCUCAUAUAUCAGCCUACCCUUUGUUGUUUUCCAGUGAUGAGCGCUUAAUAUUUUCGACGACACUUAUUAAAUGAUAUUAAAUUUCAUCCGUGACCACAGCUGGUGGAACUCAGCUGAAACGUCGGAUUUAAGGUAAAAUAAUGAAAUAUAAUCGCGUUAUAUAUAUUAAAUAUGUACAAAACGCGAGUUUACGGUUUUACUUAAAUCUUGAAUUUACAAAACUUCGCCUUAAUACAGAUGCUUUCUUAAAAGGAUGAUGCAUUAUUGUUUCACCCGCCAUUUGACAUCAGCACGGCUGACAUGAAGUUCGUCUAUCUCCUAUUGUCUUUAAACGCAGUUAAUUGUAUAGAUCCACUAGUUUGGACUAAUAACGGUUUCGUCCAAGGUAUUCAUGAAAAAGAUAUUGUCAGUUUCAUGGGAAUACCUUAUGCUAUAGUUGACCCGGCGAAUCAGUUUGGGGAAACGUUAGAUGUACCUCCAUUCGAAGGAGUCUACUCAGCUAAAGAUGAUUCAGCAUUAUGUCCACAACAAGAUGAAAUAAAUUUUACAAUAAUCGGUACCCUGGACUGCUUACGAAUCAACGUGUACGUCCCUGAAGGAGCCAACCCUGACAGUCUACUCCCAGUUAUGGUCUUCAUCCAUGGCGGCGAUUUCAGGAGAUGGAACUCUAACAGAGACACUUAUGGUCCAGAUUUUCUUGUCACCAAAGGCGUCAUCUUAGUAACCUUUAAUUACAGACUAGGCCCGUAUGGAUUCAUGUCUAUACAUAGAUCAGAUAUACCAGGUAACGCUGGAUUAAGAGAUCAGUGGAAAGCAUUACUAUGGGUCAGAGAUAAUAUAGCAGCAUUUGGAGGAGAUAAUGAUGAUGUUACGUUGUUUGGUGAGGACGCAGGCGCUGCUUCUGUAGAAUUUCACAUACUUUCAAAGCAUUCUAAAGCCUUGUUUCAUAAAGCUAUUCUGCAAAGUGGAACGGUACUUUGUGAUUGGGUUAUGGCAGAAGCGGAUACACAAGCACCGGUGAAAUUAGCUAAAUAUUUAGGACUAGAUACAGAUGAUGUCGAUGAUGCUUUAAACUACUUAUACACAAUUGAUCCUAAAAUGGUAAUCACUGCCUCUAUAGAUACAGGUCUCAUUGAAUCUUUUAAACCGACAGUCGAAAAAGAAUUCUUUCGUGUAAAACCUAUGAUAAAAGACAAGCCAAGCGAACUAUUAAAUGAAGCGAAAUUAGCUAUUCCAAUUAUAAUAGGAUUUAACAGUAGAGAGGACCAUCCUAACAUGCGUUACUUCUCGCAUUCUAUUGAUAGUAAUUUUAAAAGAACUAAUUCGAGUUUUAGAUCUAAGAUAAAAAAAUACUUCAAUCUAGAUGACGAAGAUCUAGAUGAAGCUGAGAGGCUAGUUAAAUAUUUUUACAUAUCUGAUGAAAAUAUCGGUCCACAUACUAUUGAAGCUAUGUUGGAAUUUGAUGCUGACUUCUCUUUUAUGUAUCCAAGUUUAAGGGAUAGCAGAUACUAUGUAGAAGCUGGUGCUACAGUGUAUUUGUAUACAUUUGAUUACGCCGGUGGAAGGAACUAUAUGAAGAACAGAUUUAGGGUGAAAUUGAACGUUGGAGCUGUACACGGGGAUGAAAUUGGGUAUUUAUUUCAACAGUCGCCUAACAUUCAGCCUAGAUGCUCAGAAACAAAUGAAGAUAAAGUGAUCAUAAAUCUGAUGACAUAUAUGUGGACGGAUUUUGCCAAAACCGGUAACCCUACUCCAGCAAGACAUGUUUUCACCUGGACACCAGUGACUGAAGAAUAUUCAUACGCUUUGCUGGGUGACAAACUUCAAAUGAUACACCACCCCUAUCAUCGAAGGAUGGCCUUCUGGGACCAAGUAUUUGAAAUCUACGGAGAAUUUAUGAGGUGGUAGAUGAACCACGCAAAACGAGAAGUAUGAACUCCUUCAACUGUCCAGGGAAAGAUUCAAGGGAAAAGAUCACCCGGACUAAGACGUAACAAGUUACCCAAACAACUGCGAACACAGAAGCACACUCUCAAGUCCACCCUCAUGAUGGUCUGAUAGGAUAGCACUGGAAGGAGACAUGGGCGAGGCAGGCACAGGCUGCGGGGGGCAGCUGCCCCUGCCUUCCCUAGAGCUCAAAUCUUACAUACAAUGUAUGCCCCUCUGCGGCGUCUGCCCCCUCCUAGGCCUUCGGCGAUAUCAACUUGCCCCCCCCCCCCUAGUUCACUGGCUGGCCACGCCCUUGGGAGGAGAAAAAGAAUAAAUCACCCUAUCUCGUCUAUGUCUGCCGUCUCCAAUUCUCCCACAAUUGCUUAAAGGUUCACUAGAAGAAAUUGUAAAAUCUUCGCUGGUCUCAGGUGUUGUCGAGGUGAUAAAUAAGAGUGGACUGUAGUAUAGACGCUGGUUUACUUCCAAAAUUUGAAAAAUACAAAAAGUGGCAGUGAAUAGUAGUUAUAUGUAUAUAUCGUUGUC